AUGUCACUUUACGGCGAUUUACCUCCUCCUACACAUUCAGCACCAAAUGUAGAUAAAGAGGAAACUCAACAAUCCGCAAUGGAAACGCAAUCUACGAGUUCGAAAUCAAAAUCUGCUCUUCCAGUUGGUUGGACUCCAGGAACUUUACGUUUUAUGCCUACUAUUCAAAGAAAACCUGUUAUACGAGCAAAACCAAAACUUAUUCCUAAGGUCCCUGUAACAUCUCCCAAUCCGCCCGCCGCAUCGACUUCCCCAAACCAAAACGUCGCUACAACUUCUUCUAGUCUAAACAAUGUCGUAUCAACUCCUCCUCCUGUUGCUGUCUCUACUGAUAGUGAACCUAUCGCCACACCUAGUUCUACGUCAAUUUCUUCUCCAAAACAGUCUUUAGGUUCGGAAGAUGUCAAUGAUUAUAAAGCUUUUGUGAAUAAUCAACGCAUUCAACGUAGCGCUUUUGAAAAAGGGAAAAAACAAGGAAAAGGUGUUAAAAGGCAAGCACCCUUAUCAAUGGAAGAUGACUAUGACCCUACAC